UUCAAACCGAUCUCAAAUCCUCCAAUUCCUAGCUAGCACUCAGAGAGACGAAGGUAAUCAUGGGAAUCAUAGACCAUAUUUCAGAUUUAUUUACUGUUUCAACCACAAGAAAGAGCAAAAGAAAACCAAUGCAGACAGUUGAUUUGAGGGUGAAAAUGGACUGCGAUGGAUGUGAACGAAGAGUCAGACACGCUGUUUCCUCCAUGAAAGGUGCAAGAUCUGUGGAGGUAAACAGGAGUGAGAGCCAUGUAGCGGUAACGGGGUAUGUGGAGGAGAAAAAGGUAAUUAAAAGAAUAAAGAGAUGUGGGAAGAGAGCAGAGGCGUGGCCCUAUGUUGAAUAUAAUCUCACAUAUCAUCCCUACGCACCGGGUGCUUACGAUAAGAAAGCUCCUUCUGGUUUUGUGAGAGAUGUGGAUCAAGCUUAUCCUUCACCCAAUGAGCUCAAAUACGCCACUUUUUUCAGUGAUGAUAAUGUCAAUGCAUGCUCUAUUAUGUGAAUCAAUAUUCUAUCUUCCAUUUUUAUAAUUUACUUACUUUCGAAUAUUGGUGUCUUGUCUAUAUAUGUCUUUUCGGUGUUUCAUAUAUAGGGUUUUUCA